AUGUGCCGUCCUGACGCCAGUGAAGAUGCUAUGAAUGUUGCGGUUUACACGGAACCGUCAUUUAAUGACGAUGCUAAAAGAAUGCUUCAAUCAGUGGAAAUGACUGGCGUCGCUAAUGGGGACUUAUUCCAUUUGGUCGACGAAAUAAAUGCGGCUAUGGCGAGCUCUAAGCCACGGUCAAGCGCUAUCGAUCACUUUAACAUUGACCUGGACCAAGUUGGUCACGUGCUGAAAGUCCUCAAAUCCAUCGGCUGGGAGCGGGUUUCGUCACUUUCGCCAGAUCUGCGUCACGCCACCCUGACGAUAAGUGAUUCGCGCCGCCGCUGUCAUUGUCUCCAAGUCCAAUUUUGCUUUGAUCCGCCAUUAUUCAAGUGUGAAACAGACUUGCCUUUUUGUCUAGAAUUCGGCGAGGAGGACUCUUUGGAGAAGAUCUGGGAAGCAUUUUCUAACGGUAUUGAUCAGUGUCAGGACUUUUGGCUACAGAUGGAUGAAAUCGACCGCAAAGCUAAGAUUCUUGAUCCUCUUGAGAUCAGCAGAUCACACCGUUACAGAAGGAUAUAUCUCGAUUCGUGCACAAGCAUGAUGAUCACGGUAGAUCCUAUGCAUCCACGGUCUUUGCCGGACAUCUGUAUCAUCGGUAGCGGUGUGUCUUCUGAUCAGUAUCGCAACAAUAUGAAUUCUAACGUCACUAAAUGGAAUCUUGAUCUGCCCUUGCUGGAUAACAUUGAGGCACUUCUUGGAGUGGAACUCACUCAAGGUGUAGUCACCAACGAAGACGACCUUUUGGAUCAGCUAAACUGUUUAAUCUGCUUGGAUGCGGAUAAGGUGCCCUGUCCGGAUCAAAGUUGUAAACACUGCAGUAAAACGUUUCAUUACGAAUGCCUCUUAAAGGUAAGCGGGGAGGUUUAUAUUUGA